AUGAGCCCACCUCGAAAAUCAUCGAAGCGUUCUAAUCCAGAAAAGCCAGUAAAAGAACCAAAGGCAGCUAAAGGAAAGCAGGAAGAAAAUAUUGAAGCUGCCAAGCUUGUUUUAACUCCAAAAGUAGGCUGGACUGCAGAAAAUUUUUCAUAUCUCAAAACAGUUCCUACAGAAAAUAUUGCUGAUGACCUUUAUGCUAUGUUCGGUAUACCACUUGAGUAUAAGGAUGAUAAAACUAAAUCACCAUACCAUGUUUUUAUCGAGUUCAAUAUGAGCUCUUUUCAGUUUGCAAAACAGUUUUCAGAUACGACAAAAGCCAUCAGUAUUAUUGCAAUUUUAAGUGAUUAUAUUUCAUCCGUUCCUGCAUAUAGUUCUGCGAAAGAAGCUUUUAGUGUUUGGAUAGAAAAGGCUACAAGUCAACUUAAAUCUCUUGAUUUCACACCAAAUGAAGAACAAGCUGUACUUACAUACUUAAACAAGAACGUUCGAGCAAAUUCUCAUAUUCUUCAAUUUGUACUCACAAAAGAAUCAGUUGAAGGAAUUAAUUUAUACAGAACUGUAAUUGUUGAGACUAAAGACAUGUCAGAUGCAGAGGCCGCAGCUGCUGCUCAAAAACAAUCCGAAUUUGAACAGCAACAAAGGCUUUUAGAGCAAGCCAUGAAAGAAAAGAAAGAAGCUGAAGAAAAACAAAGGCAAGCAGAACUUGCUGUGGCUAUUGAACAGAUUGUAACUGAGAAUUUUGCAAAAAUUCAAUCAGUUUUAGACCAAAGAAACGAUGCUUUAAUUGCACAGAUCAUGGAUCUUGAGCAAAAGAUCGAUAAUCCAAAAUCUAGGAAAUAA